AUGUCUUCAAACGCUCAAACAAAUCAGUCCACGCUAAGGAAACUACGAAUUGCGUUUGUCCACCCAGACCUGGGCAUUGGAGGAGCCGAAAGAUUGGUUGUUGAUGCAGCCUUAGGUUUACAGGAAAAGGGCCAUGAAGUUAUCAUAUACACUAGUCAUUGCGACAAGAAUCAUUGUUUUGAAGAGGUGAAGAGUGGUGUAUUGAAAGUGGAGGUCAUGGGUGACUUUUGGCCCACUAAUAUCUCCGGGAAACUGUUCAUUUUGUUUGCCAAUCUGCGUCAGUUAUAUCUGACUGGGAAGCUUGCUCUGACGGGGAAGAUUGGCAAAAACGAUCUGUAUAUUGUUGAUCAGCUCUCUACAUGUGUUCCAUUCAUUGCUCUGCUAAGCCAGUCUAGUAGGGUGUUGUUUUAUUGUCAUUUUCCGGACCAGUUGCUGGCUAGAAGGACCAGUUUAGUGAAAAAGGCCUACAGAGUCCCAUUCGAUCUGCUCGAACAGCUCACCAUGAAUGCAGCAGAUUGCAUUGUUGUUAACUCCAAGUUCACUAGGUCGGUGUUCGCCAAAACUUUCAGACUGGCAACGAGAAAGCCAAACGUUGUAUAUCCAUGUGUGGGCCUGGAAAACGAGAAAACUCCAGACAUAGAUACAACUCGAUUCAACUUUAUUCUUGCUAAAGACGCUAAAUUCUAUGUGAGCGUAAACCGCUUCGAACGGAAGAAGAACAUAGAGCUCGCCAUACAAGCAUUUGCUUUAACUUCGCAGAGUAAAAAGACAGACACCAAGCUAGUCAUUGCUGGUGGUUACGACGAAAGAGUACAAGAAAAUAGGGACUAUUUGUUGGAGCUUCAGCAGCUGUCAGACAAAUCAGGACUCGACUAUGUGACUUUACACUAUCCACAAUGGGAGAAGUGUCAGCAGGCAAUUCGCAAGGAAAUCUCCCAUGUCAAAAUUAUCUUUUUAACAUCCAUAUCCUCUUCGCUGAAAGAUCUGCUACUACAAAAAAGUGAAAUGCUUCUUUACACACCUGCUUUCGAGCACUUUGGGAUUGUACCUUUGGAAGCCAUGAAAUUGGGAAAACCCGUUCUUGCGGUGGACAAUGGUGGGCCUUUGGAAACGGUGGUUUCGCUUUCUCCUGGCUCGAACGAAAAGGAAUCCACCGGGUGGUUAAGAAGGGGCGUUCCUAGCGAGUGGGCUGCCGCUCUGGAAGAAUCGGUGACCUAUCUCCAAGAAAGCCCCACGAUUUUUGAGCAAAACGGGCCCACUAGAGUCCACGACAUGUUUUCCAGAGAAGCGAUGACAGAAGAAUUUGAAAAAAAUAUAUCAGGACUUCCUUGGGACACCAACAGACGAACCUACGCUUACCGAUUAACGUUCCUCCUGUUAUGUAUGUGUUCCAUCGCUCCCGUUGCAUAUUUCGCGGGUGUAAGAAGCUUGCCUUUCACAGUGACCGUGGCAGGACUACUCUAUUUCUUCAAAGGAAUCGAUUCAUUUGCAUGUAUCGCGGCUACCAUCAUAGUCAGCAUGAUAGUUGCGCGUUGA